AUUUAAGUUGAAUAGUAUAAAUCUUUUAUAAUCCAAAUAUAAUUUUUAUCAAUAAAAUUCCCGGAAUUUCUGGAAUUCUCACUCAAUAUCCCCAAUAAACCAUUGGUUUUAGUGAUUUUAUUCAUGCCUCAAACUUAUGCCGCAGAACACACUAUAUCCUGUCGUUAAAUGAUCUAUCAUGUUUAAAUUUCACCUUCAAUUAGUUAGCUCCGCUAGUAUUUGAUUACGUACUUUUCUGGGCGGAACAUCUUUUCGUAGUAAAUGACCAGUUUAAUUGUGAUGUAAUCCACCAACAUUCCAAAACAAUUUAUUUCUACGUUCUUUAAACAUGAAUAAGGAUUAUUUUAGCUUAAUCGUAAUUGUAUUCCGUAUUAUGAUUUGUCAUAUAAAUGGAAUCUCUUGAAGCAGAAGACAAAUGUAAAAAAUAUUUUCUGGAAUCGUCAUUAGUUAAAUGUGAAACUGUUAAUGACAACAAUGUACUUAAAGUCCAUAAAACGUAUCAUGUAGACAAAAAUAUAAAGCACGAAUUUUUAAUAGUAUGUGUACAUGGAUGUGGUUCGUCAGCUAUGAGCUGGGCAUCAACUUCGAUGUUCCUAUCAAAAUUUGCAUUAGUUGCAGCUAUAGAUUUGAGAUGUCAUGGUAACUCAUUUAAAACAAUGAAAGAUUCUAUGUAUAUCACGGUGGAUGUACUCGUGAGAGAUUUAAGAACAACAAUAGAUCAGCUACUACAGGAGCUGGUAGCUGUAGGAAGAAAGCCAGCUCUUUUAUUAUUAGGUCAUAGUAUAGGCGCUGCAUUGUGUAUUAGAGUCUCGGAAUAUUACGAUAAUCUGCUUUCGCUUAUAAUAAUAGACUAUAGUGAAGUAUCUAUAAGUAGAGAUAACUACUCGACUGCAAUCAGGGUCGUUGAGAAAAUACCUCAUGAAUUCCAAACGAUAGAAGACGCAAUAUCGUGGAGUGUUGAGACAUCUUACGUGUCAUCACUCGAUUCUGCAAGGAUUUCAAUACCGUCUCAACUAACAUACAAGAAUGAUAUGUAUGUUUGGAAAUGUCAUCCCAAAAAUACCACGAAGCAUUGGAGAGGGUGGGUAAGUGGAACUGACGAAAUAUUCCUGAAUCUGAAAACAAUGAAGGUGCUUAUAAUGAGAGAAUCACUCUCCACAUUACUUUUAUCCGCACAUAUGCAGGGAAAUUUUCAGCUAAAAGUAAUACACGGGACGACACAUUCAAUACACGAAGAUGAACCUCUUAAAAUCGCAGAGAUUGUUGAAAACGUAAUUAAUAGACACAUAAGCACACAAAAAAUUUUGGCAAAAAUAACUAUCUAA